UAGGUGCAUAACUAAGACAAGUAUAAAAACAGGCGCUUCUAUGAUGUGAACUUUUAGUUAGUGAUGCACUCACUAAGGAGAUCUUGAACGGUUUCUCCCUGGAAUUGAACUGCAUUGUAGGUGUUUGAGGGAACUUCUUCGUUUUUAGUGUUCGACAGGCAGUGGCGUGCUCCAGCUCCCUGGAAAUGAGAAGAUGAAUUGCGAGGAUCAAGCUGUAGAUCUGUGCAAUGCUAUAGAUUUGUGCAAUGUGCCUGACAACACUAUAUCACCAGAGAUCCUUCCCCGUGACACGUUGGAUGGAGACCAAGGGGACGCUGCCGUCCUGGCCAGGUUAAAAGACAUCCAUUUAAAGGAUGAUGGUUCCACAGAGCUCAAAGCACCGCAUAGUAAAAACAAUGGAUCCAUUGCAGUAUCCGCCGACCCCUUUAAUGGUUCUGCCGGUGACCUGCAACAGAGUUUAAGCAAGUUUGAGGAACCGCCAGUGAUCAACUGUUCUGUUGGAGAUGGUGGUGAUGAAGCAGAUGAUGGAGAGAUGGAUAUUGGAGUCGAUUUAAGUCUCGAUGAAAAUGGGGUUUUAGAGGUCGAACCAGCAGCCCAGACCCAACGCGAGGAAAGUGCCUCUAGUGUCAACUCUCAAAUAUCCGUCAUAGAACUGCAUUCGCAGGAACGUAGGGACGACGACGUGCCCGUCUCGGCUACAACACCGGACGAGGGAGUUGGGAUUAAGCAAGGGUCAAAGAGAGUGACCUUUCCAUCAGACGAGGACAUCGUCUCUGGUGCCGUUGAGCCGAAGGACCCUUGGAGACACGCCCAGAAUGUGACGGUGGAGGAGAUUCUGAAUGCCUACAGACAAGCAUGCCAGAAGCUCAACUGCAAACCAAUCCCCAAAGUGCUCAAACAGAUACAGGACUUAAAAGACCUGACACAGCGAAACGAGUGCCUAGACCUCAAAGGAGAGAAGCUGGACUAUAAAUCAUGUGAAUCUCUGGAGGAAAUCUUUAAGCGGGUGCAGUUUAAAGUAGUAGAUCUGGAGCAGACCAACUUGGACGAAGACGGAGCAUCAGCUUUGUUCGAUAUGAUCGAGUACUAUGAAUCCGCCACUCAUCUCAACAUCUCCAGCAACAAGCACAUCGGCACCCGCGGGUGGCAGGCCGCCGCACACAUGAUGAGGAAGACGAGCUCUCUGCAGUACCUGGACGCCCGUAACACUCCUCUGCUGGACCAUUCGGCCCCGUUCGUGGCCCGAGCGCUGCGGAUCAGCGGCAGCCUGGCGGUCCUGCACCUGGAGAACGCCGGCAUCUCAGGACGACCGCUAAUGCUGCUGGCCACGGCACUGAAGAUGAACAUGAACCUCAGAGAGCUGUAUUUGGCUGACAAUAAGUUGAACGGUCUGCAGGAUUCGGCUCAGUUGGGGAACCUGCUGAAGUUCAACUACAACAUCCAGAUUCUGGACCUGAGAAACAAUCACAUACUAGACUCAGGGUUGGCGUAUAUAUGUGAGGGUCUGAAGGAGCAGAGGAAGGGUUUGGUCACGCUGGUGCUCUGGAACAACCAGCUCACACACAAUGGCAUGGGCUACCUGACCGCCGCUUUGCCGUACACUCAAAGCUUGGAAACACUGAACCUGGGCCAUAAUGCAGUAGGGAACGAAGGAGUGCACAAACUGAAAGACGGACUCGUAGCGAACCGGUCCAUCCUCAGGUUGGGUCUGGCCUCCACCAAACUCUCCUGCGAAGGAGCUGUCGCUAUAGCGGAGUUCAUCGCGGAGAGUCCGAGGCUCCUCCGGUUAGACAUGCGGGAGAACGAAAUCAAGACCGGCGGCCUCAUGGCUCUCUCCCUCGCCUUUAAAGUCAACACAUCUCUGCUGCGACUCGACCUGGACCGAGAGCCCAAGAAAGAGACGGUGAAGAGUUUCAUUGAGACACAGCGCGCCCUGCUGGCAGACAUUCAGAAUGACUGCAAGAGGAACUUCAUCUUGGCCAAAGAGAAGGAAGAAACAGAACAGAAAAUGAGACAGUCCGCUUCAAUGCCAGAAAUCACCAUAGAGGAACAAGCUCAGGAGGAUGAGGAAGAUGCAUCUGCUGAGAAAAGCGAGGAAGAAAAUGUGGCUGUUCAGAAAAACUCAACCGAGGAGGAGGGCAAUGAAGAGGACGUAUCUGAGAACCAAGAAGUCAAAGAGCAAGAAACGACACUGCAAGACGACUCCGACUCGGACACUGAGGAUGAAGAGAUAGUAGAGGCAUCCAAUGCCUCAACACAGAGCACAUCUCAAAUACCGGUUCCUGCAAUAAACACCUGUAAGGUCGUGCCCUUGGCGCCGCCUCUACCAGGAUCUCCAGCCCUCAUUUCGGGAAUUAAAGUGACAGAAGCCAAUGUUUCCUCCGGAGCCCCAUCAUCUCCUGGACGCCUUUUCUCUGUGUCUAGUCCUGGCAGAGGACACAAAAUCUUUAUGGUAACGCGUGUUGAAAGCCCUCCUGAGCAGCAACAGGCGACUGCAUUGCCAAAAUGUGUCCUCGAGAGGGCGGUAGAGAGCCAAACAUCUGAAACACCCACGCAAAUCCAUAUAAAAGCACCUUUAGAUGCACCUUCACAAGCGCCUGAGCAGAAAUCAACACAACUAGCGGAGUCUGAGCUCAGUGCGUUAACAUCACAUGCAGAAACAACACCAGCGCCCGCCGAAGUACUAAACACGUCAACGUCUGCACUGGCAGAUGAAGUCUUCACAACUCAUUCUGAUGAAGUUCAGCAAGCUUCACAGGAACUUGCUACGCCAUUUGAAAGCCAAGUUAGACUCGAUCAGACUCACUUAGACUCGCAGGAGUUACCAGUGAAUGCAAAGACAAAAACAUCACAAGAUACCAGUGAGGAGGACCAGAUGUUCUCCUCUCACACUGAACAGAUCCAGGAGUCAAGUCCCACCCAAAGAGAGCCAUCAGUGUCAGAACCGCCUCGAGACGGGACGCUAAACCCCGAAGAACUGCAAUCCAGUGAGCAGCGAGAGGUCACAGGAGGUCAUGAACUCCUAGAAACGGAGGGCUCCAGUGCACAAGAGGGAUCUCCUGAUGAAGAAGAAGAAGGUUGUCCGGUUAUGAGCACGGGAAUAGUGUUGCCCAACGGGCUGAAGCCAGAGUUUGCCUUUCACCUGCUCGAAACAGAGGGACUCAAACCAACCAGCUGCAUUAUGGAGCAUGUGAGCGUGACUGCAGAGCUGAGCUGCGGGCAGGAUUUAGAGGAGCUUCUCCUUGAUGCCAGUCUGGACACCAGCAGAGAUGCACCAUAAUGCUGUAACCUAGGGUCCACACGUGUAGUGAGAAUCAAGAGAGGUGGUUUGUUCUUGCCUCAUGGCAUUUGCUCACAUUCCUCUGGACUCUUUCCGUCUUUCUCGUGUCUUUUCCAUAAAUUUUCAAAACAACACAGGGAACUCGCCUUCCCUCAAAUGGCCGACCUUUUGUGAAAAUUGGCAUUGUAUUCAAAUUACGAAAACCUCAUCUGUGAUUGGUGAGUUGCCGUAAAGUGUGUUCGUCCAGCGAUGGUGUUCAGUUACCAAAGACACACAUGCGGAGAAACGCUUCUCGCUAACGGCGAUCUUCUUCUGUUCAACCACUUCAUGCCGUUGAUCGUGGCGCGUCACUGCUCGCCGUCGCCCCCUCGUGGACUGGAGGUUGUACUGCAUUAGAAAGACUGACCAGCUGGAACACUUUGAGCAAAGACAGUUCAUUGGUUUUGGCUUUCAGAUCUUGUCCGGCUGGUGGAAGUUGUUUAGCGAGCGCUUCGUUGCACUCGAGUGUAUGUGUGCGUUUGUCAUUAUUAUUGUCUCCUUAACACACUAAAAAAAAAAGACUCGUACCAAAGCGACACACACAUCCGCUUUCCGCUUGUUCCUGCUCAGGAAUCGGUCACUUCUGAUCUCACCAUCAACCAGCACAUCUGAAGCCUGAACCGGCGUGAAUAUGUGGAACAACCGGCUUCUGUCUCGGCUGGAUAACUGUUGAGCUUUAGCGAAUCAUCUGAGAGAUCCAGAAGAUU